AAGACGCAGAGAUACCGCGAUAGUGAGGGCGGCCAUGACAGGCAUGGAUAUGGGAUGGUGUUCGACGUGCCAUCUGGUGGGAGUGAUCACCGCCGACGUCGAAGCAGAAGUCGGGACAGAGACCGUCGUCGGUCCCAAAGUCCCAACAGACGUCACCGCGACUCAGAUCGUGACCGUGACCGACGACGACGACACUAAUGAAUUGACUGAAUCCUUGCUACCACCGUCACCAUCAUGUUGUCGCACACACAAUCUGUCCUUGAAUUCUAUUUCACUGAUGCCGAUAUCAUCCUCAGUGCGGAGGAUACGAACAGUCAGAAAAGACGGUUUGCUGUUCACAAGUGUAUAUUAUCUGCAGCGUCCCCCUUCUUCAGAGACAUGUUCUCACUUCCGCAGCCCCCUAUGGCCCAAAUAACUGGUCUACCCACCAUUGACACGACAGAGGUUGCGGACGUUCUGCACACGCUCUUACAGUUCAUCUAUCCCGUUCCUAAUCCUGUUCUACCGUCUUUGGGUAAACUGGUCCCCGUGCUUGAAGCGGCCAGAAAGUAUGAUGUUCUUGUCGCCCUUACUUCGCUUCGCAAGCAGCUCAUUUCCCACAAGAAUAUCACCAAAAAUCCAUUGCGCAUCUACGCAAUCGCAUCUCGAUAUGACCUUCAGGACGAAAUCAAGGUUGCUGCCAAGUACACAUUGAAGAAGAAUGUCCUUGAUUGUCCUCUCUCCGAUGACUUGAAGCAUAUCACAGCAUAUGACUAUCACCGUUUGCUCGAUUUCCAUCGGCGCUAUGUUCGGGCAACUCAAGACGCUUUGAAGCCACCGCAGACAGCUGCGUUUUCGGGUCAUCAUUGUAGUGCUUGGUGGUGGACCAAGUAUGAGGAGGCGGCCAAGGAUGAAUUGGCGGCGAGACCUUCGACUGAUGUUGUCUUCAGUUUGCAGUUCGUGUCGUCCUGCGUCAGUGCGUGUAAUUUGUGUCGCGCUAGUGCGUACAGCACUCUUCCACACUUGGAACUGGCAAAGCAGAAAAUGGACGCAAUCCCCUUCACGUUGUAGGCGGCAGGACGUCGAGUUUAUCGCCUUGUAGAUCUAUAAAGCAACUUCCUUCUUCCUGCCUGUUCAAUGCAUACGACACGUGACUGAAACGAGGGUAUCUAUCGGAUUUCUAUCGAUGAUCAUGCAUCGUGUCUUUUACUACCACCAUCAUGUCGUCGCACACACAGUCUGUUCUUGAAUUCAAUUUCUCCGAUGCUGAUGUUGUUCUCACUGGUGGAGAUGACCAGAAGAGACGAUUUGCGGUACACAAGAGUAUCUUGUCA